AUGGCCCCGUGGCCCGCACCUCCUCCGCCUCCGCCUCCGCCUCCACCUCUCGCCGCGCCGCCGCCGCCCGGCGCCUCUGCUAAGGGGCCGCCGGCGCGCAAGCUGCUUUUUAUGUGCACCUUGUCCCUGUCCGUCACCUACCUGUGCUACAGCCUCCUGGGCGGCUCGGGCUCCCUGCAAUUCCCCCUGGCGCUGCAGGAGCCGCCGGGCGCCGCCGCCGAGCCCCCGCCGAGCCCGCCGCCACCCUCUCUGCUGCCGCCCCCCGUGCGCCUCGGCACCCCCUCGCAGCCGCCCGCGCCGCCGCCGGACAACGCGAGCCGCGGGGAGCCCCCGGAGCCCUCCGAGCAGCCCGCUGCCCCCGGGGCCGACGGCUGGGGGCUGGCGAGCGGCGGCGGGGGCGCUCGGGACACCUGGCUCCGGACCCCGCUGGCCCCUGGCGAGAUGAUCACUGCGCAGAGCGCGCUGCUGGAGAGGGAAGCGCAGGAGUCCAGCACCACCGACGAGGAGCUCGCAGGCCGGAGAGCGGCCAACGGGAGCAGCGAGAGGGGCGGCGCCCUCAGCACCCCCGACUAUGGGGAGAAGAAGCUGCCACAGGCGCUUAUCAUCGGGGUCAAGAAAGGAGGUACCCGCGCGCUGCUGGAGGCGAUCCGAGUCCACCCGGACGUGAGGGCGGUGGGCGUAGAGCCACACUUCUUCGACAGGAACUACGAAAAGGGGCUGGAGUGGUACAGAAAUGUGAUGCCUAAGACUUUGGAUGGACAGAUAACCAUGGAGAAGACGCCAAGCUACUUUGUGACCAGUGAGGCUCCCAAGCGCAUCCACUCCAUGGCCAAGGACAUCAAACUCAUCGUGGUGGUGAGAGACCCCGUGACCAGGGCCAUCUCUGACUACACCCAGACACUGUCAAAGAAACCGGAGAUCCCCACCUUCGAGGUGCUGGCCUUCAAAAACCGGACCCUGGGGCUGAUCGACGCCUCCUGGAGCGCCAUUCGAAUCGGGAUCUACGCUCUGCACCUGGAAAACUGGCUCCAGUACUUCCCGCUGUCUCAGAUCCUCUUCGUCAGUGGCGAGCGGCUCAUAGUGGACCCCGCUGGGGAAAUGGCCAAAGUACAGGAUUUUCUAGGCCUCAAGCGUGUUGUGACUGAGAAACAUUUCUAUUUCAACAAGACCAAGGGGUUCCCUUGCCUAAAGAAGCCGGAAGACAGCAGUGCCCCGAGGUGCUUAGGCAAGAGCAAAGGUCGGACUCAUCCCCGCAUCGACCCAGAUGUGAUCCACAGACUGCGGAAAUUCUACAAACCCUUCAACAUGAUGUUUUACCAAAUGACUGGCCAAGAUUUCCAGUGGGAACAGGAAGAGGGUGACAAAUGA